AUGAACAAAGCUUUGCCAGCCUCGCCGUUCUCUAGUUUUGGACAAGGCUGGAAGAAACUUUCUGAAAAGACUUUAAGCGGGAAGGUCCAACGGAAGGUCAAGAUCGAGGGCAAGGAGCUCUCCUGCCCCCCUUUGGAAGUCUUUAAAUUCAAAGAUUUGCAGAUAUUGAAGAUGACUCCGGAGAGGGAGAACAACCUCUCUUGCCACAUGAGUUUCAUCCCAAAGGAAAUCCAGCUCUUGACAAACCUGACGGCCUUAUAUUUGGACACCAACGAGCUCGGAGAAAUCCCACCGGAGGUCGGGACUCUGAAGAACCUCCGGAGACUGACUUUGAGUAAUAACUCUUUACAGGUUUUACCUGCAGAACUGGCCAAACUUCAAAAUCUGCAGAGUUUGCACCUGGCCAAUAAUGGUUUUACAGUCUUUCCGGUGGUGAUUUGUCAGCUCCUGAACUUAACGUUUCUGGACAUCAGCGACAAUCAACUGGAAGCCAUCCCGCCCAGCAUUAAUCAACUGAGAAAGCUGCAAACCUUUCUACUGAUGAUCAAUCGUAUCAAAUUCCUCCCGGAGGAAUUCUGCUGCCUAACCAAAUUGUCUUGUCUGUGGCUGGGGAACAAUGAGCUGCGAGAACUUCCUGUGGGUUUUGGAGAUCUCAUUAUGUUGGACUGGGGAUACAAUUAUUGCUCCUAUAAUUUGGAAGGAAAUCCACUGCACCAUCCCCCGAUUGAAGUUUGCUCCAGGGGACCCAAAGAGAUGAAGGAAUACUUUGAUUCACUUUAUUGA